AUGAAGGAGAGGGGAGCCAUGAAGGAGGAGGGAGCCAUGAAGGAGAGGGGAGCCAUGAGGGAGAGGGGAGCUAUAACGGAGAGGGGAGCUAUAAAGGAGGGGGGAGCCAUGAAAGAGAGGGUAACCAUGAAGGAGAGGGGAGCCAUGAAGGAGGAGGGAGCCAUGAAGGAAAGGGGAGCUAUGAAAGAGAGGGGAGCCAUGAAGGAGAGGGGAGCCAUGAAGGAAAGGGGAGCUAUGAAAGAGAGGGGAGCCAUGAAGGAGAGGGGAGCCAUGAAGGAGAGGGGAGCCAUGAAGGAGGAGGGAGCCAUGAAGGAGAGGGGAGCCAUGAAGGAGGAAGGAGAGCCAUGA